UUUAGUUUUAGUUGAUAAAUAAGAUGACAAUAUGUCGUUGAUACAUCCCGGCUCAAGCAUCAAUUUUGACGGAGCAGAUCUUCAAAGAUCCGAGGAAGAAGAAAUACAAAGGGAGGAUCGGAAACAACAGCAGGAGCUGCAUGAGUUGCUAUCGGCCGAGCUACCUGAUGAUUUGCUGGAUGAUGAUCACGUGAGCAAUACAUCUGCUCAUGGGAACGGAUCAUAUAAUAUAUCCCGUGAUUCCUCUCACUCAGGUGUUUGGCAUUCUGGUAACUUGGAUGAUGAGAAAGAGGAAAAACAGCCGAUAACGAAUGGAAAUGUUCCAUAUUAUCAACAUGCGCAGUAUGCCAACCAUAACAACUAUCACCCACCAGUAACGAAUCAAUACCAACCCAACUUUGGAUACGAUCGUAACUUCACAGAUGCUGAGAAAUGGCAGAUGAUGCAAUUCCAUAACAAUGCAAGGUUUCCUAACCAAAGAAACGACGGGGUGGGUGAAUAUGCUAAGUUCGAAGAAACCAACGGUCACGAUCCACCGAGUGAUGAUUACGGGUUCGCUGAGCGAAGAGAGGCAGAGGGAAGCGAAGAUUUUGAUGCAAGCUCGUCCCAUCUCCAUUAUGAGCAGAAAUUGUCUUCCACUCUUCCCUCCUUUUCUCCUGGAGGAAGAGGAUCAACUACCCCCGGAAAAAAUGUUCGUUUUGACGCAUUUUCUGCUCCCACCUCUCCCUACAAUCCAUAUGUACAGUAUAAGGGAACGCAUCACCACAGUACUGAAUCGUUAAAUCGUCGAGAUUCAAGCGCAUCAAAAGCAGAUGAUAGUAUAGGUUCUGAUUAUGUGGACGCUAAACAAGGGUUUAAAGAUAUACCAGAACAUGAAUCUGAGACUUCCAGGGAACUCACUCAGUUGCGAGUGUUAUAUGAUGCGCGUGGGAAGAAGUUGGAUCGGAUGACACAGGAGUUGGAGGAGGUGAAACAAGAGUCGAGGAGAGAAAAGAGGAUUCUUAAUCAUCAGUUGGCCAUGGCUAAAGAUCAAAAAGAUGGGAUGAGUGGAAGUUUGGAGGAAUGUCAGGUGAUGUUGCAGGAUAAGGAUCGGGCUCUUAUUGAUCUGGAGGGAACGAAUAACGCUCUCAUCGCAGAUGUGGAAGCGCUCAAGUCAGCCAAGACUGAGAUGGUGAAAAAGUUGGAAGUGUCCGACCGAACAAUUGAAAACCUUCAGCAAGAAGUUACCAUGCUUCAACGAUCUGAUGCGCUUGACCGAGCAAGACAGCAGCACGAGGCCGUGCUCUCUGCUGCCAACGAGCGGCACGAACAGCAGAUGCUUGAAGUUACUUCGAUGUUAGAUGAGACAAGACAACUUGCGGAUCUUAAGUGCGAAGAAUCCGAACAACUUCGCCUUAGACUCCGAGCAGCCUUAAAAGAAUCGGAAGACGUUCUGUUGGAAAAGUCGGAGACUAUUAAUCGGUUGUCUCGUAAUUUGGAAGACGCUCAAAAUCAUUGUCAGAACUUACUCGCUGGCACAAGUGAAACAGCUUUCUUACAACGACAGUUGAAUGAAACAACUAAUGAUAAGAUGACAGCUGAAACUAAAAUCAAAGCUUUGGAGAAUGAGCUUGCAGACAUGCAUGAGCAGAUAUCAAUGUAUGAUAACGCAUUGAAACUUGGCGUGUCAUCCCACCAACAAACCUCUAGUGGGAUGACUGAUUCAUACAGUGAACUCAUGGGUGGGGUCAAACGGAAUAUUGACUGGAAAACGCCAAAGAUCCAACCAUUCAAAGGCCAACCUGACCAGCUUGUAACAAGUUUGCGAAACGAAUUGGAAAGAGCUCUCUCAACUAAUAAAGUUAAACGUGAUCAGAUAUUGGAGCUUCAGAAACAAGUAAAGGACUUGGGUGACGAAUCCAAUCAUUGGAGGGAAAAAUCUGAUCGAGCUGAGAUCAUGUUGAAACAGAAAAGCUUCCAAUCGAAUAGUCCAGCACCACAGCGCCAGUUCUCCAAUGAAAAUCUGGAAACACUGGAGGAAGAUCUUCGUGCAGCACUGGAACGAGCUGCCGAGGCGGAGGAGCGCGCACAGGACCUGGAGAACUCGUGUCGUGAAGUGAAACAACAGAUGUGUGAGAUGAUUGAACAACAUGAUCUUAAUAAGCAAGAGGCCGUGAACAGGUGUGAGCGAGCUUGCAUGCAGUUACAUGAAGAUGCAAAACAAGUGAUCCGUGAUGAGAUGCUUGCUGAUCAUGAGCAGAAGAUGUACGAAGCAUCUGUUGAGCAUGAGGGAGUCAUGUCUGACUUGCAGAAUGAGCUUGCUGGGUUAGCAGAUGAACUAGCUGAGGUGAAACAGAGUUAUGUUCACGUUUGUACAGAGAAAGACCAGCUAAGGGAGAGGUUGGAACAUGAGAGUGGACAACAGUUACAUGAGGAUAAGGAAGAAAUAAUCAAUAAAUAUGAGGAUAAAAUAUCUCAGAUGAGAAAAGAGUUUGAGGAGUGGGAGCAAAAGAAGAAACAAGAAGAGAAUGAGUGGGAGGAGAGCACACAAUCCAAGAUUGCUCUGCAAAAAGUAGCGUGGCUUGAAGAACACAACAAGUAUAAAGAGGAGGCCGUCAAUAAAGCUUUGGUGGAACAACAGAAACAAUUCGAUACUUGCAUCGCUGAGUUAAAUCAUGAAUAUGAAGAAAAAACAAAGAAAUUAGAAAAAGGCAUGGAAGAUGAGAAGAGACAUUGGGACCAAAUGAAAGAACAAGAAAUUGAGUCUCGAUUGAACCAACUCCAUGAAGAAAUGAAAAAGGAAGAACAAACUGCAGUGAAAGCGGCAACUUCCAUUGCGCAACUUAACUGGAUAACUGAACAGAAAAGCAAAGUCGAUUCUGACCAACGGAAACGAGUUGAAAAUGCUCUUCAGGAAGCAAGGAAGUCAUGGUUGAGUGAGCAGGAAAAGGUUGUGACCUCCGCAGUGGACGAAGCACUUGAAGAAUUGAAAGUUCAGCUCGAGGUAUUAACAUUGGAGAGAGACACGAGAGUGAAAGAAGAAAGGGAAAUUGUGGAGAGAGAAUGGAAGAAAAAAAGGGAUGAAGCUUUGAAGAAAAAAGAAACAGAGAUGGAAGCAGCUUUGAAAACAAUCCAUGAUCAACACCAGCGUGAGUUUCAGAACUUUACCACAGAACACAAGAAAACUUUGGAGAAGUUUUUGGAAAACGAACGAAACCAAACAUCGCAUCCAAGUGAUCAAGUGAUCGACGAACUGAAACAAGAGUGGGUAGUUGAGCGCGACCGGCUUGCUUCCCAACACCAGGGGGAGCUCUCAAGCUUGAAAAAUAUUCACGACAAGCGUUGUGAAGAAUACAAAGCUCAGAUUAUACAAUUGACAAACGAUUAUGACAAAACAAUGAAGCAAAAGGUUGGAACAACUGAUGAAACGAGCGCUGUUGUAGAAAUUAAACGAAAACAUAAAGAAGACACCGAAAAACUUAAAUCAAGAAUGAAAGAGGAAUAUCGGAGGUGGAAAAAAGAACGUGCGGCUCUCGUUAGUAAAUUGGAAGAUGCAAAUAACCGUGUGGUGGCGCCACAGAGCACAGACAAUUCAUCACCGGGGGUGGAUCGAAGAAUUUUGACCGAUUUGCGACAAAUAUAUGUUUCUACUCUUGGAACAAUAAAAGAUGAAAUGGUAAGUUUCGCGCGUGACAGUCGCGAGCACACGGUGAAUGCGAUCAAGCGUGAAGCACAGCGUGAACGUCGGCGAAUCACGACCAAGUUACGCUCGAAUAAACAAGUGACAUCACAUCCAAGCGACGAAUCAACCCUCCCCUCGUUUCUUGCUGAUCGUACGCAACCCACAAUCUAUGAACCGUCGCUCAUAAGCCGUUCAACCUCCAAUCCUGACCUACCUUCUCAGCCAAUCACAUUCCAUGGUGGGGUUUUUGUUCCUCCUAUCAACCAAUCACAUUUUAGAGUUUUGCCAAAAGUUGACGAGCUUCCGUCACGUGAUAAACCGAGGGAAAAACGAAGAACUCAACCAACUUGAUUGGAAUGUUGCUUCUAGUUUUAUAAAAUGUUAUAUUGCUGCUUUUUGUUUUGUUUAAGAGUGAAUGGGCAAAAUCUGGCCCAACUUAUACCUUUUGUUGUGGGCCAACUCUGGCCAGCGUCCCAGGUCCUCUGGUAUGUUUUAUAGAGCAUAUAAUAUAUAUUUAAAAUAUCUGUAAAAAAUUAUUCGAUAAACUUUCUGGUAUAAAAGAAUAUGAAAAUUAUCUGGUUAGCUCUUCCAAGUAAAAGUAAAUGCAUGAUAAUUCAUACGGGAGCCUCUUUUUUAUGGAAUUUUUCAAAUGUUACUGUGUUUUACUCACUUGAGAAAUUGAAAAGUUCUAUUUUUGUACAAGAUUUUUGAUCUAACCUAUUUGUAUCGUGUCCCUCUGUUGCUGCUUUGUGUGUUUUAUAACAAGAUACCUAAUCUAAACGAACAGGAAAUUCAUAUCUUAUUACAAAUCAAAACUGAAGCCACCACUGUUCCCA